CCGAGAAUAGUAUAUAGUCCAUCAAUGGUCACAAACACAUCUUCGUCUGGGUCCAAUGCGGCCGUUCAAGUGAGCGAACAAUCUGAUGAAGGUCCAGCAUCACCCUAUGUAAACUUACGCAAACAGGCAAAGUACGUUCUGAUUGGAGGAUUUGGUGUUUGGUAUUGGCAAGUUCACCUACAUAUUCAAGAUGCUCUUCAAGGUUCACAAUAUACAAGAUCGGUUGCGCUUCUAUCGAUCGCAUUAUAUGUUUCAACAAUUUUGAUAUUUGCUUAUGUGAUUUUAUUGCCUGCUCGUGGACAACAAGUUGAUUAUUUACAAUGGCAAAAAGAUUCAAAUUUAAAAACAGCCAUUCCAGCUCUGACUGUUUGUAUCGUUGCAGGUUAUGUGGCGCUAUUCUUUGCUCUUAGCCCAAUCGUUGCACCUUUACCACCUUCUCCUGCAUUCUCACAAAGAUUGCUGGAAGCGGCCGAUCAAGCAGGUGGAAAUUUACAAAAAGCAACUGCAGGUGUACAAUUAAUGUUAUCCGAUGCUGCACGUUCGUUUGACGGAGAUGCUCUGGCUGGUCGAUUAGGCGUUUCAAAAGAACAUACAACACUCCUCAUGCAAACGUUGGAAAAAUAUCAAAGACGUGCACAAGCAUGGAAAGAGAACAACGUAAGUGUUUUGGGUUGGACAGGUGCAACGUUUGGCAGUGCAAGUGCGUUUGUGUUUUUGUUUGGCGUUGCAGGUCUUUUAGGUUUGUUCACUCCAAAACCACAAAAGAACAAAAGGGCAAUGCUAUGA